GAUAUCUCACACACACACACACCGGACGCCGAGCUUUUGCGCUCCUUCGUCGUUUGCACGCGCACGAAUUCUCAAGCCAAAACGCGCAAGUUCUCGGGGCGGGUUUGUGUCUCCGUCGGGCGGGUGGCGCCUGGUCUCUCUCUCUCUCUCUCUCUCUCUCUCUCUCUCUCUCUCUCUCUCUCUCUCUCUCUCACGACACGCGGAUCCGUAGAGACAUUCGGAUCUGAAGCGGACCAGAUCACGGAGCGGAGAGGAGCGCGAGCGCGUCGAGAGGCGUGGAUGUUGGAGCGCGUGCAGCUCUGAUGGUGCUGAGGAGAGGAGACAAACCGCCAAACACUGAAGCUUCACUUUCUCUGCUCAUAUGAACAGAGAUGCUGUGGGCGGACUGUAAAGUGCUGGAGGCGGUGAGAGGGAGACGGGGGUCACGUCGGGGGUCUCGGCCGAAGCUUUCCUGUUCCUUCUGGUUUGUUCUUCUGUUUGGUGCUGGAGGUUUGGUCCUCUUCAUCCACCUACAGGAUCUAUCAGACAUGGUGCUCCAGCAGGGACCAGGGGUUGAGUUCAGCGGCAUGACGCGGCAGACGAGGGAGGAACUGUGCGUCCAGCAGGAUAGUGACGUUAAAGGUGGUGCCACAGCAGUUCGGUCCGACAGACAGCACAGACCGGACGAGCCGAGCGCCGAUAACUCCAUCUCCCCCAUGCAGUUUCCUGCCUUUGAGUGGAACAAACUAAAUCAAGCUUCUCAGAGGAUUACCAAACGCCACCGGAAGCUCCUCAAGACCAGCACGAUGACCCGCUCUUUGUCCAAUUCUUCCUCUUUCUUUUUCUCUUCCUCUUCAUCGACAUCAUCGUCGCCGUCGUCACCGUCGUCAUCAUCAUCAUCACACACUACAUCCGAGAGCUGGAAGCGACUUUCCCGUAUCCAGGAGGCUCGUCGGCGCAUAAUCAAGGAAGUGUGCGCCAAAUACCGGAGCAACAUCUCCCGAACGAUAACGCCACACCACGUGUCUCGCAUCUAUGUAGAGGACAGGCACAAACUGCUCUACUGCGAGGUGCCCAAAGCAGGCUGCUCUAACUGGAAGCGGGUUCUGAUGGUGCUCGCCGGCGUCGCUUCCUCCACAGGAGAGAUAAACCAUGACGCCGUCCACUACAGCAACCAUUUAAAGAGGCUGGACAGCUUCGAUCGGCGAGCCAUCGCCGAGCGCCUCCGCUCCUACACCAAGGUGCUGUUCGUCCGCGAACCGAUGGAGAAACUCGUCUCAGCCUUCAGGGACAAGUUCGAAAGCCCCAACUCAUAUUACCACCCUGUGUUUGGAAAGCCCAUCAUCUCCAAGUACAGGGUAAAUGCAUCCAAAUCAGCGCUCAGGACCGGAAGCGGCGUCACCUUCCAAGAGUUCAUCCGCUACCUGCUGGACGUCCAUCGUCCCGUAGGCAUGGACAUACACUGGGAGCCGGUGAGCCAGCUCUGCAGCCCGUGCUUGCUCGACUACGAUUUUAUCGGAAAGUUUGAGACACUGGAGGAAGAAGCGAACUUCCUGUUGCGCAGGACAGGAGCUCCGGAAAACCUCACGUUCCCGACGUUCAAGGACAGGAACCCUGAAGCUGCCAGAACUUCCACACAAAUCACAUGGCACUACUUCACACAGCUCAAUGCCUCAGACAGGCAGAGAGCCUAUGACUUCUACUACAUGGACUAUCUGAUGUUCAACUACUCCAAACCCUUUGAAGACUUGUAUUGACAAUGUUCUCGGGUGUCAUUGUGAAACUGUCACACGACCGAGGGUGGAGAACCUGAGAACCUACAGUAACACAUUUAUAUAUUAUUAACUCAUGCUAACUGCUAAAAAUGCUGCGUCAUAGCAUAGUUCUAGUCUGAACAUCGCAAACAUUACGGAAGUCUCCGAAAGACAGAUUCUCACCUUCUAGAUCGAUUCCCUCUCGGCUGUUUUAGCGUAUUUCAUCGUGUAAAAGUUCCAUCCCUCUGUUUAGAGCGCACACUUUCACCACUUAAAGCAUCGACCUAACUAAUAUUCCGUUUGUAAAAAGGGCAUUCAGAGUAUUAUAUAUUUUUUUAUGUAUUUGUAUAAGUAAGCUUUAGGUUUGUGUGUGUGUGUGUGUGUGUGUGUGUGUGUGUGUGUGUGUGUGUGUGUGUGUGUGUGUGUGUGUGUGUGUGUGUGUGUGUGUAUGUGUGAUAAUUGGCUGGUUUUAGGCAACAGGUUAUGUUACACUUAGUGGACUGGGCCGGACCAAAAUAUUUUGUGUGUGUGUGUGUGUGUGUGUGUGUGUGUGUGAUAAUUGGCAACAGGUCAUGUUACAUUUAGUGGAUUGGGUCGGACCAAAACAUUGUGUGUGUGUGUGUGUGUGUGUGUGUGUGUGUGUGUGUGUGUGUGUGUGUGUGUGUGUGUGUGUGUGUGUGUGUGUGUGUGUGUGUGUGUGUGUGUGUGUGUGCGUUUGAAGCAGGUGGCUUAGUCAUUUGCAAAUUUAUUAACAAAUACAACAUGUAAACAUUGUGAUUGCAAAAGUAUUCACCCCUCGCCGUCAAUCCCCCAAACCGGUUCUUUUGGAACGAGACACGGAUCAGAGUCAAGUUUUUUCUUCUUCUCUCGCUCGCAAUGCGAACGAAGAACUCAGACUUUAGCACAUCUUGUAAGUAGCCGACUUUAUUGCAUCGAGUGCACCCCCCCCCCCCCCCCAGUGGAAUAACCGAGCUCAAUAAAUUCCAAAUCGACGACGGUCCUACCAGGAGAUUUUAAAUGAGAACAGAUUUUAUCAGCGCUUGUCCGGAUUAGGACGCCGCCCACGUUUCAGACAUUUCACACCCCUGAUGUUAAUUUGAUCCUCGUAUGGUUUAAACGCUACGUUCUUGAAUCGGUGUUUAACCUCCACGUCUCCUGUAGAGCUCUCGAAUCGGUAAUCCGUGAACUAAAGUGGUAUAAUGGUGUAACGAUACGUGUCAUAAACCACGUAAUAAGCCUGUAUUUUAUUUUCUUAAGACCUCAGCGGUACCCGUGGCUGUUCCGUGGCUCCGGCCGGUCGUCCUUACGGCCGUCUAUAACGGGAUGACGAUAUUUUCUUAGUGAUGUUAUUUAAUAAACAAAAGAAUCAGAGAUAACGCUAAAGAGAGCUUUAUGGUAUAUGGAAACAUAUGAAAAUAAUUAAAGAUGGAUAUAAUUACAGAACUCUGUGUGUGUAUGAAGUACGUGAGAAGCGCACGUUGUGAGGUGUGUAAGACGCACAGACGUGUGUGUGUUUUACGAGCAACGUGUCCAUACUGUUGUAGUGUUUCAGAUGCUGUGUGUUGAUCCCCGGAUCGCUUCACCAUCUUCUCCUUCUUCUUCUUCUUCUUCUUCUUCUUCUUCUUCUUCCUCUGCUCCCUCCACCGAUUAUCGGUAUGAAGAUGAUGGUACAGUGAUCGUAGAUGUGUUUUUCCAGUUCACACAAACACAGAUGUGUCAUCAUGAUGCCCUUUGCCUUAUUUUUACACUGCCAAUAAAGCAGCGUGAAUCAGGAAGACAUUCUUCAGGUGGUGAAGCUCUCUCUCUCUCUCUCUCUCUCUCUCUCUCUCUCUCUCUCUCUCUCUUCCUCUCUAUGUUGAGUGUCUAUUAAUAAAUAUUUAUGCAUUUAUCUUUUACGCUCGUGGCCGUUUUUUAUUUGCUUUCUCUGCAAUCUAACAAUUUGACUAAUGCAACAUGAUGCACGGUGGAUUAAACACAGCUAAGUAACAUUUAUAACAAUCGACAGGGAAAAUAAAGCUAGAUGUAGUGUGUCACAGACGGUCCUAUUAUGUCGGGCAUCAUGACAUCAUCAUCAUCAUCAUCAUCAUCAUCAUCACACCAAGGAGACGUCCCUUAAUUAUGGGGAUUUUUUUGUCUUGUUCAUAAAGGCUUUAGAGUAGGGGCUCAUGAGAGAGAGAGAGAGAGAG